AUGGGUCGUAAAUUCUUCGUCGGAGGAAACUUCAAGAUGAAUGGCACGGUAUCCAGCAUCAAAGACAUUGUCCACAAUAUAUCUACAGCCAAAACAGACCCCAAUACCGAAGUGGUAGUUGCUCCUCCAGCUCUCUACCUCCUCCUCACUCGUGAACAUCUCGACCCGAAAUUCGAAGUGGCAGCUCAAAAUAUCUUUGACAAGCCCUCCGGCGCCUUCACAGGCGAAAUCUCAGCCUCCCAACUCAAAGCUAGUGGGAUCAAUUGGACAAUACUUGGGCAUAGUGAGCGACGAACGGUACUCAGGGAAGAUGACGACUUCAUUGCCAGCAAGACGAAAAGUGCCAUCGAGCAGGGAAUUGGUGUGAUACUCUGUUGUGGAGAGAGUUUGGAGGAGCGAGAGAAGGGCACUACAGUCGAUGUGGUCACGAGACAGCUGGACGCAGUCAAUAAGAUGGUAGACAAGGAAGCGUGGAAGAAUAUCGUCAUUGCCUAUGAACCAAUCUGGGCAAUCGGCACGGGCAAAGUGGCUACUACUGAACAAGCACAGGAAGUCCAUGCCGCCAUUCGUGACUGGCUAUCAAAGUCUGUCAGCUCUGAAGCUGCUGAGAACACGAGGAUCAUCUAUGGAGGAAGCGUCAGCGACAAGAAUUGCCGAGAGCUGGCCAAAGAGAAGGAUAUUGAUGGCUUCUUGGUCGGUGGUGCCAGUCUGAAGCCUGCUUUUGUCGACAUCAUCAACGCGAAUCAGUAG